GGAGGCAAUUCCGGUCAUGGUUGUCCGGUUCACUACCUUUUCGCCAUUUGGUAGAAAAGACUCACACGCCAGCACUAAUAAACAAGAAGGGGAAGGGAGGGUUCAAGAGGAGGUCGGAAGGGGAAGGUGGUUAGUAAAAGAGAAGUAGAGAUGCCGCCGGCGGUGAAGGCCGGAAGCCGGCCGCCAUGGGUGGGGCUAGCGGCGGCGGUGUGGGUGCAGGUGGCGGCGGGCAGCGCCUACACCUUCCCGUUGUAUUCCCACUCGCUCAAGUCGGUGCUGGGCUACAACCAGCGGCAGCUAACCAUGCUCGGCGUCGCCAAUGACUUCGGCGAGAACUUCGGCAUGAUCCCUGGCGUCGUCUGCAACCGCUUCCCGCCCUGGCUUGUCCUCCUUAUCGGCGGCGCUUGUUCUUUCCUCGGCUUCGGCGUCCUCUGGCUCGGCGUGAGCCAGACCGUCUCCGGCCUGCCCUUCUGGGUGUUAUGGAUUGCAUUAUGUAUUGCUACAAAUAGCAGUGCAUGGUUGGGCACAGGUGUUCUUGUCACCAACAUGAGGAACUUCCCUCUUAGCAGGGGCCCUGUGGCUGGCAUUCUCAAGGGUUACAUUGGGCUUAGUGCUGCAGUGUACACUGAAAUAUAUAUUGGACUGCUCCGUGAUUCAUCUACAAAACUGUUGCUAUUUCUUACACUAGGGAUUCCUGGUAUAUGCCUAGCAAUGAUGUAUUUUGUCAGGCCUUGCACACCAUCUUUAGAGGAAGACUCAUCAGAACAUGGCCAUUUUUUGUUUACCCAAAUCUCAAGCAUAUUGCUAGGUCUCUACCUCUGCGCUACUACGGUCUUGGAUGAUGUUGCCUCACCAAGUGAUGCUGUAGCCUAUAGUUUGUUUGCUGUAAUGGUUCUCUUACUCCUGGCUCCCCUUGCAAUCCCUCUGAAGAUGACACUUUAUCCAAAAAAGAGCAAAAAAAUUGGUUCUAUUGGCCCAUCUGGUUCAUCAGACUGUCUAAUUGAAGGAAAUUUAGAUAAAUCAGAACCAUUGCUAGCCCAAUCUUCAUCAACAACGAAUGCUGGGAGUAUUCAGGAAGCUGAUGAUGUUUCUGAUGUGGAUAUACUUUUAGCAGAGGGAGAGGGAGCUGUGAAAAAGAAGAGAAGACCUAAGAGGGGAGAGGAUUUUGAGUUCCGUGAAGCUGUAAUUAAGGCUGAUUUUUGGCUUCUAUUUUUGGUAUACUUUCUUGGAGUUGGAUCAGGUGUCACUGUGCUCAAUAAUCUAGCACAAAUUGGUAUUGCAGCAGGUGUUGAUGAUACAACUAUCUUGCUGUGUCUUUUCAGCUUUUGCAAUUUUGCCGGCCGUCUUGCGGGGGGUGCUGUUUCUGAGUACUUUGUCAGGUCUAAGAUGUUUCCUCGGCCCAUUUGGAUGACAUGCACCCAAGUUAUCAUGAUCAUAACUUACCUUCUCUUUGCUUCUGGCUUAAAUGGUACCCUAUAUGCUUCAACCGCUUUACUUGGUAUCUGCUAUGGGGUCCAAUUCUCUGUCAUGGUGCCAACUGCAUCUGAGCUCUUUGGGUUGAAGCACUUUGGGUUGAUCUAUAAUUUCAUGUUGUUAGGAAAUCCGCUUGGGGCUCUCCUAUUCUCAGCUGGUCUUGCAGGGUAUUUGUAUGAUGUUGAAGCAGCAAAGCAGAACUCAGGUUUUCAUGAUGCUUUGAGCAAUUCUUGCUUGGGGCCUAAUUGCUUUAGGAUCACAUUUCUAGCUCUAGCUGGUGUCUGUAGCUUAGGCACUCUGUUGAGCAUAAUUUUGACGGUGAGACUUAAGCCAGUAUACCAAAUGCUUUAUGCUGGUGGGUCAUUCAGGCAGCCUCGGAGCUUGAAUCAUUGAUAGCAGUGACCCGAAUGAACAUGGCCUUCAUCUUGAGCUGGGGCCCUUUCUUUGGUACCUGUUCUUGUGUUGUAAUGGGUUUGUGUACUUAAAUAUCGUGCAGUUAUCAGGAGCCUUCUCUGCCCCAAUGAAUGAUUUGGUUAAUCUUGGGAAAGAAGCUUCUUAUAGAUUGAAGUAUUUUACCUGACUAAACGUGACUUACAUCUUUGCACAUGACAUGAUGACUCAUUGAUCCAAUACUAAAAAUGUUACAAUUAAAA